AUGUUUCCCGCCCGCCUUCGUAAGUGUUUUCCCCUUGCCCUUAACCCCAUUCCGCAUUGUGUGUUUGGGCUGAGUCACAACCGGUUUGGCCGGGUAAUCCUCAUCCGAGUCGGCCAGGAUGAGAUUACAACGACGGGUCUGACCCUGUCAAACUUGAGGAGGCGGGACAGCCUGAGCCGGCUAGUCAUCAUAUCUCUCCUCCUGGCCAUUCUUAACCGGCGUUGCCAUUGUCGUUCGAGUGGGAGUUGCUUGGUCAGGAGACGAGAUCCCAUCUCCAGCAUCGGCCUCAAAAGCUUCCCUCAUCACAUGGGAAGAGAGGCCUCGACUAGCGACGCCUCUAUUUUUCUGAGGCUCUGCUUCGAAAACCCCCUCCCCAAUUUGAUUCGAGGGGAUUUAUUGACUGGGAAGUGA